UAUCCAUGUCAUUGUUUCUCUAUUAUUUGUAUUCAUAAAAUGAAAUUUAGUUUAUUAUAUGCAUUAUUGAAAACUUAUGGGAAAACAUUAUUAUGGUCAGCAUUUUUAAAAUUUUUAUAUGAUAUAUUAGUAUUUGUUAAUCCAUUAUUAUUAAAGUUAUUAUUGAAUUUUCUACAAAAUACUCAAUCAGAACCAAUAUGGCAUGGUUAUUUAUAUGCUAUAGCAAUAUUUAUUGAUACAUCUGUACAAUCAUUAAUAUUACAAAGUUACUUUCAUAUUGUAUUCAAACUUGGUAUGAAUAUUAAAACAGCAAUUACUGCAGCUGUAUACAGAAAAAGUCUACGAUUAAGUAAUAAAGCUCGAUAUCAAUCAACUACUGGACAGAUUAUGAAUUUAAUGUCAUCUGAUGCACAACAAUUUGUCCAAUUAAUGCCAUUUAUAAAUAUUCUAUGGUCAGGACCAUUUCAAAUAACAAUUGCUAUGGUAUUUCUAUGGAGAGAAUUAGGACCUUCUGUAUUGGCUGGUGUCGGUGUUCUAUUGUUACUUUUACCACUUAAUGUUUUGGUAGCACGUCGAUCAAAAAUUUUUCAAGAGAAGAAGUCUUCAUGUGCAGAUAAUCGAAUAAAGUUUAUUAACGAAUUGAUGAAUGGUAUACGAGUAUUAAAACUUUAUGCUUGGGAACCAUCAUUUAUGAGAGAAAUUGGUCGUAUUCGAGAUCAAGAAGUUAAAUAUUUACGAAAAUUCACAUAUCUUCAGUCUUUAUCAUUUUUAUGGCAUUGUACACCAUUUUUUGUUGCUAUUUCUAGUUUUGGUGUAUAUAUAUUAACAUCGGAUAAGAAUAUAUUAGAUGCCCAAAAAGCUUUUGUUUCAUUAUCUCUAUUCAAUAUACUUCGUUUUCCAUUAUUUAUGUUUCCAAUGAUUAUAAGUAAUUUAGCACAAUGUUAUGUUUCUAUUGGUCGUUUGACUAAAUUUUUGGCUCAUACAGAACUUGAUAUGGAAUCUUAUUCAAAAGAGGAUACACCUGGUAUAGCUGCAGUAGUUGAACGUGGAGUAUUUGGUUGGGAUCCAGACGAGGAACCGACUUUAACAAACAUUUCUAUUCAAUUCCCUGAAGGUCAAUUGACAACAAUUAUGGGUAGUGUAGGUUCAGGUAAAUCAAGUUUAUUACAUGCAUUACUUGGUGAUAUGGAAAAUUUCAAUGGUCGAGUUAAUGUUAAAGGUACUGUAGCUUAUGUACCACAACAACCAUGGAUAUUUAAUGCAACAUUACGUGAUAAUAUAUUAUUUCAUCAUUCAUAUGAACCAAUUAAAUAUCAACAAGUAUUACAUGCAUGUAAUUUAAUCCCAGAUCUUGAUUUAUUACCUAAUAGUGAUAUGACUGAAAUUGGUGAUAAAGGUAUUAAUUUAUCAGGUGGACAAAAACAACGUGUCAGCCUAGCUAGAGCAUGCUAUGCUGAUGCUGAUGUUUAUUUGUUAGAUGAUCCAUUAUCAGCUGUUGAUGCACAUGUUGGUUUACAUUUACUGAAAUAUGUAUUAAGUCGUUCCAACGGUCUACUUGCUUCUAAAACAUGUAUUCUUACUACACAUAGUCCAAAAGCUUUACCAUUCUCUGAUCGUGUUGGUCUAAUGUCUGAUGGUCAAAUAAUUGAAUUGGGUAAUUAUCGACAAUUGAUACACUCAAAUACUAGUCGUUUAUCUGCAUUUUUAAUAACAGCUAUACGAGCUGAGUCAGAAGUUCAAUCAAAUUCAUCGAAAGAAUUGGUAGAUUGUUCACCGGAAAAUUUAAAAAAAGAAUUCCUUGAACCAAGUUGUUUCCUACCUUUUGAAUCAUCUCCAGUAUCUGAACAUCAUCAUAAAAGUUCCACAGAAACAUUGAGUAUAGAUAAUCAUAAUGCUGUCGGACAAUCGAGUUUUACUUCAACAGGAUUAUCUCGAAGAUUAGACAAAUCAUCAAUAAUUGAGGUUAGUGACACUGAGGAUACCGUAAAAGAACAAGAGCAAAAAACUAUUGAACCAAUGAGUCAACCAGAAAAAGUUCUCACUGGUCGAAUUCAAUUCCAAGUCUUUUUAAUUUAUAUAAAAAAUAUUGGACUACUUUAUAGUUUAUUAGUAUUAUUAUUUUAUCCAUUAAAUCAUUUAUUAUCAUUGGGAACAAAUUUAUGGUUAGCUGAUUGGUCAAAUGAUGCAAAAAUAAAUCAAUAUAAUUUAUCUUUUAAUAAUAAUACAUCUGAACAAUUUUAUUCCCAACGUAAUUAUAGAUUAUCAAUCUAUGCAUUAUUUGGUACUUUACAAGUUUUAUUCGCAAUGUUAUCUAUAUAUACAUUAUCGAUCGGUCAUUUAGGAUGUGUUAUACGAUUACAUAGUCGAUUAUUAAGCUAUGUAUUACAUGCUCCAGCUACAUUUUUCGAUUUAGUUCCUCAUGGUCGAAUUGUCAAUCGUUUUUCACAAGAUAUUGCAACAUUAGAUAAUCCAGUAUUGGUUUCAUUGAAUAGUACAUUAAAUUGUGUACUAACAUGUUUUUUAACAUUAUGCCUUGCUUGUACACUUAAUAUAUACAUGAUUAUUCCAAUUUGUUUAUUAACAAUUAUCUAUUUAUAUAUACAGAAUUUAUAUGUGACUACAUCUAGACAAUUGAAACGUUUAGAAUCAAUUAGUUUAUCACCGAUAUUUUCACAUUUCUCAGAAACUUUAUCUGGUGUUGAUAGUAUUCGAGCAUAUAAAUUAAUUGAAAUCUAUAAAACGAUUAGUUCAACUAGACAAGAUUUAAAUAAUUCGGCUGUUUAUGCUUCAAUUAUAUCACAAAGAUGGCUUGCAGUUUUAUUAGAACUUGUUGGUAAUUCAGUUAUAUUAGCUGUUGCUAUCCUAUCAGUUGUUGCUCAAGGUUAUUUAUCCGCUGGUUUCUCUGGUCUUGUUAUUACUUAUGCAUUAAAUUUAAAUCAAACAUUAAAUUGGCUUGUACGUAUGUUCUCAGAAUUAGAAACAAAUAUUGUAUGUAUAGAACGAAUACAUGAAUAUUCUUCCAUUGAACAAGAGGCACCAUGGGAAUUAGAUUGUAGUUAUUUACCAAGUAAUUGGCCUGAAGGUAUCAUUGAAUUUAUUAAUUAUGGUACAAAAUAUCGAUCUGAAUUAAAUUUAGCUUUAAAAUCAAUUAAUUUUAAAGUAGAUAAAGGGGAAAAA